ACAAGAUUACAAGGUUGUCGUUUUUUCUCGGAAAACAAAAAUUAGCUAAAAUUGUUUGUUAUCGAGUCUACAAGGAACUACAAGUUGAGGAAAUAAUUUCAAACAAUUUUUUAUUGCUAUAUCAAUUGACCGAAUACUUAGACGAAUUCAGUUCUUUUACAGUCGACAGCUAUAAUUUAUUUUCAGUAUCAAGUCAUCAAAAGAAUUUCUAGUUUUGAACGGCAUAGAACUGAAUAUUACAAACUUUUUUUUAUGAUGUGAGUUUAAAAUUUUUCAUUUUACUAAAUUUCGUUGAAGAGUUUUCUAUAGAAUGCUAAAUGGUAGAAAUUAAAUUGUAUCGUUUAUUAGGUAAUAUUAAGCGACUUUUUCGUAGAUAAUUAUAUAAUUAUAGAGUGUUUUGAUGAGCCAUGCACGCCAUUUUCAAUGACGGUUGAGAAUGGUCAGAAAUAAUCAGUCUAAAACCAGUAGAAAAUCUCGUCGCUAAAUGAAUUAGGAGAAGCAGCAGGGAUAAUUAGCCAAAUCUUGCACAAAGUCAUUAGAACUGAGCAGGGGUUGCGUUCCUGUUGAGGCAAGAUCUGGUUAAUAUCGACCUCGUUUAUACGCCAAGCUAUCAUGAGUAAUCAGCUCCAUCUUCGUCGAAUCGAAAAAUCUUGUCGGUACAUCUUCAGCGGUAUUUAUUUUCUUAUUCCACAAGUUUAAGAUGCUUUUAAGGAGUUUAUUGCUUUGUUAGCUAUGAUGGUGAUGUACAUUAGAAGGCUCAGUUCAAUGACCACGCGUCGGCCAGACCAUACAGACACCUGGAUUUACUGAUUUCUUCCUCGUCUCUGAUUGGCUAAUGUUCACCGACCUCGUUCCAGCUGCCGCCUUCAAAUGAUGGCAAAAUGGAUUAUAAAGUAAAGAGUUCUCCCGGUAUUAAGUAUUUAUGAGAAGUAAAGCACUUUCUCUGAAGCGUUUGCUGACUUUUAAGAUACAUUCUUUUAGACAAAGAAUAUAAUUUGAUGAUAAGAUUGAUUGAAGACGUAAGAAACAUUGGAUCAGGCUAUCGAAGAAUUGAGCAAAUUCUGUCGAUAAGUGUUGGCAUUUAUAUGAAUUGUAUUGAGAAAAGGAUACAUGAAUAUCACCUGAUUCUUGAUUAUACCUAAAAAACAAUAUUACACUGUUUUAAUUUCACGUUAUUUACUGCUUUAAUCUAAAUUAACAGCGCCCAAACGGCGUUCAAAAAGUUGCAUGACUUGUCAAGGUACAAAUUGUUUUUCCUCACUCGAAGUAUUUGAGUUAGAUUUUAAGUACAAUAAAGAGACACUGACAUAAUGACACUGCUAACCUUAAUCAAUCCAAGACAUAACAAUUAAGAUAGAUGCGAAAAUUAAAUAUGUCAUUUGCCAAUGAUUAAGUACAAGGCGGGCUAUGACUUCUAAUAAGUACAGCCAACAGCAAUAAUAAGGCUUCACCGACUAUAUAUCCUGCGACAUUCCAACGCACAACGUGAAAAACUUCACUUCCCCUGUUUAGCUGCUUCACAUCUGAAAAGUCUUGCAGAACUCUAGAAUUCGAGGACUUGAAAGUAUAAAGAAGUAUUUUCUUGGCCAUUCGUGUUCUUGAAGCAGUGUUUUCUACAUGGAAGGCUUGCAUAACGGAGUAUCGUGCAAGGAGGAAGGAAAGUCCGCUCGUUCGCCUCGUCGUUCUCCUCCUCCUCUUGUGUCCGUAGAAACAACGACUCGACGAGACUCGUUAGUCGGUUUACAAAGGCUUGUUUACAGCACCCAGGUUUUUUCAACGCAAAUAGGAGAUUCAGACAAAAGAGGUAUUAAAGGUGCGACCGGGAAUGAUGAACUGUUGGACGUUUCGACUAACCAAGAGCAAGUUGAGGACAUGACGUUACCCAAUGAGCCUCAAUCCGAAUCCGUCCAAUUGCAUCGUCGUAUACCUAGUCCCAGGCCCAAGCGCAGCCGUACUUCUUUCACGCCUGCGCAGUUAGAGCGGCUGGAGGACGAGUUUCGUGUUGACAUGUAUGUAGUUGGUCUGAAACGAAUGAAACUAGCUAACGAACUUCAUCUGAGUGAAAGACAGGUCAAAGUUUGGUUUCAGAACAGAAGGAUGAAAUACAAACGAGAAAGAGCCAAACUACGCCUUCCUAUGGAUUCCAAGUGAUGCUUCUGUACAUGUUCCUUUAAAUCUUGAAACUAGUAGACUAAAUGAAAGAUUGACGCUUAUACAAGAAUAAUAUCGAAAAAGAUGGUCAUGAAGCUUUUGCAUUAAAUAUCAAAAACAAUGAAAAUGUCACGAGACGAAUACAAAAAAAAAACAUUUCUUGAAGCGGCAGGAAGGGGUUCAUUUGCAAAUUCGCGAUCUUAACUGAAUUACAAACUAGGUGGUUUGGUGUAAUCUUUCUUUCAUUUUAUUUCAUUCCCUUGAGCAUUAUUCCCUUUUUUCUUACAUAUGUAACAUAGUACAGAAGAACAAUCCAUAUUUCGCCUUUUUCAACUUAAAAGGAAGACUGGUGACGACCUCGUGCUGUAAAGCAUUGUGGAGCAAAGUUUAGAUACGAGAUGAAAAAGCUUCGCCAUCGCCACCAGAAUUUCUUUAAACUUAGAAAAAGCGAAGUGAAGAGUUUCAGCAGCUUUGUAAUUAUGUACAAUAAUCAUGAGACUGUUAAACCUGAGUGGAACAAAUUAUUCAAGUCAUGGUAAUAUUUAUUUGUCAAUAAAAUGUUAUACAGUUCU